AAAAUUCAAACUUUCCGUCAUCAUCCACCAAAGGACGCAAUUUUCCCUCUAAAUACACGUCCUGUCCCCACCGUUUCAUGCUGAAUCCAUUCAAGUCAGAUUCCUUUCCACCCUGCCCAACAGCGGAACCCUCUCUGGCUCUCUCCCCGUCGUCUCCUUGAGAAAAGUCUCCGGUUUUUCUCCUCCCAUGGCUUCGCUGAGCUUGACCCAGAUCGGAGGUGGCGGCAACCCGGUGGCAGAGUUCGUCAGGACUCGGUCCCGGCCGAUCCUGGCUCGGCCCAGCAGGGCCGGGCUCCGGGUCGUCGCCGCUGCAGAGACCGGCCGCGAGCCCGAUCUCAGGGUCACUGUCAACGGGUUGCACAUGCCCAACCCGUUCGUUAUCGGGUCUGGCCCGCCGGGGACCAACUACACCGUCAUGAAGAGGGCCUUCGAUGAAGGCUGGGGUGCCGUGAUUGCCAAAACUGUGUCACUUGAUGCUGCUAAAGUAAUCAAUGUUACCCCUCGAUAUGCUCGUCUAAGGACAGGGGCAAAUGGCUCUGCCAAGGGACAGAUUAUCGGGUGGGAGAACAUAGAACUCAUCAGCGACCGACCUCUUGAGACGAUGUUGAAGGAGUUCAGGCAGCUGAAAGAAGAGUACCCUGAUAGGAUUCUCAUUGCUUCGAUAAUGGAAGAAUAUGACAAAGCUGCAUGGGAAGAGCUUAUUGACCGUGUCGAGCAAACCGGAAUUGAUGCAAUCGAAGUCAAUUUUUCGUGUCCUCACGGUAUGCCAGAGCGUAAGAUGGGGGCAGCAGUCGGACAGGAUUGUGCUCUUUUAGAAGAGGUCUGCGGGUGGAUAAAUGCAAAAGCUACUGUUCCUGUUUGGGCAAAGAUGACUCCUAACAUUACAGACAUAACUCAGCCAGCUAAGGUGGCUUUGAAUUCGGGAUGUGAGGGUGUAGCUGCUAUUAACACCAUCAUGAGUGUCAUGGGCAUCAACCUUGAGAGCUUACGCCCUGAGCCUUGUGUCGAAGGGUACUCUACUCCUGGGGGGUAUUCUUCCAAGGCAGUCCAUCCUAUUGCGCUCGGGAAAGUGAUGAACAUCGCAAAGAUGAUGAAGUCAGAAUUUGGUGACAGGACGGAUCUCUCACUCUCCGGUAUUGGAGGGGUUGAGACUGGAGGUGAUGCUGCUGAAUUUAUUCUCGUGGGGGCAAAUACUGUUCAGGUGUGUACUGGAGUCAUGAUGCACGGGUACGGCCUUGUCAAGAAGCUCUGUGCUGAGCUGAAAGAUUUCAUGAGGAUGCACAACUUCUCGAGUAUAGAAGACUUCAGGGGGGUUUCUCUUCAGUACUUCACCACCCACACCGACCUAGUUCGGCGCCAGCAAGAAGCAAUCCGACAGCGCAAAGCCAUCAGGAAAGGUUUGCAAUCCGAUAAAGACUGGACUGGUGAUGGCUUCGUGACAGAGACUGAGAGCAUGGUUUCAAACUAAAAUAUAACUUGUAAAAAGCGAAAAAGAGAGAUGUGACCGCUUCUUCUUCUUCUUCUUUUCAUUUCUUUAUGUACAAUUCCAAAUAAGAUGGUGGCUUGAAUAUAUCCUGAAUAAUGCGAUUACCUAACGACAUUCAAUCAGUUGACCACGCACCAUUUUAUC